UUUUCCUCACUUUUGGUGGGACCAAUGGCCAGAGGUGGGGAAGCUCCGCUUGAUUUUUUUCUUUUUUCAAGCAAAAUUUAAUGUGUCUGGUUCAAGAAAAUUUAUCCAAACAACUGCUAAGUUUCAUGAGAGAAGCACCAGAACCUAACAUUAUCAAGAUGUCAAGUUCGAACUCAAAGUACUUUUUUUUCCUCUCCUUCUUUAGUUUCUUGAUCUUUCUAACGGAAGCAGAUCCAAUUUACAGUUCUCAUGCUUGCACUGAUUCCAUUAGUUAUAAACCAAACACCACUUUUGAAACCAACCUCAACCUUCUCCUCUCUUCUCUUUCUUCUAAAGCCCGCGAUGGCAGCCAUUUCUACCGAACAAGAACCGGUGAUGCUACCCCCGACAUCGUCAACGGCCUCUUCCUCUGCCGUGGCGACAUCGUGGUCGCCACCUGCAGUGAUUGCGUCUCCGCCGCGGCUGGAGAGAUAAAACGCCGUUGUCCAGUUCAGAAAGAGGCCAUAAUCUGGUACGACGUCUGCAUGCUUCGAUACUCGAACCAAUCUUUCAACAGAAUCGUACCUUCGACGGACCUGUCGAGUACGGAGGACAUAGCUCCGGAGGACAAGGAGAGGUUCAAUCAAUUGCUGGCCGGGAUGCUAAAUUCUGUGGCGGCGAAAGUUUUGAAAUCUCAGACCAAGUUUGCGACCGAGCAAGUGAACUUCACAAGAACAGAAACGCUGUACGGAUUAGAACAGUGCACCCCGGACCUUACAGUGUUCGACUGUAAUACGUGUUUGAGAAGCGCCAUCGCUGCUAUUCCUAAUUGCUGCGACGGAAAAAGAGGAGCCACGGUGUUGCUUCCUGCCUGCAACAUCAGAUAUGAAUUCUACCCGUUUUUCAAUUCCAGGCAUUCUCGUCCCUCAGAAUACUUCGGAAAUAGAUAGAUGAGAGUGGCACGAUUCAGCAGAGUAAACUAUCGGGACAGCGUUGUUGGUGCAAUUAAGGACUUAGCUUCUUUCUCUUCUUUCUCUUCAUAUAAGCUUAAGAAUAAAGCAACGGCCUCGUAGGCUGCUCAUGAUCUCCUAUACCAUAAACGCAUCAAGGAUCAUUGUAGACUAUCGAGAGCCUUGGAAAUGGAUCUGAUGCAUUUCUCAGCGCAUUUUGUGCAUUACUUUUUGUCUUUUUUAAUUAUUAUGGAAAAGAUGCAAUAGGUGGAAACAUAUUUAUGAUGUAUUAAAUAAUAAAAUAAAAAAUGCACUUUCAUA